AAACAACAACAACACAAACAAAAACAACAAAUGUUUGAUGUUUUUAAUGUAAAAAAAAAAAAAUUGUGUUUGGGAGGAGUUCAAAGAAAGAAAUGGAAUGAAGCAUUGAAAUUCAACAGCAGCACCAGCUAGUAUCACCACCGUCAAAAUUAUCAAUUAUUUUCAGGUUUCAACUUCGAUCUUGUAAUUGUAUCUAUCUCUUCACACCAUCAUGAAACCCUUCAUUUCCUUGUUGUCACCGCCAUUUUUGUGAUGUAUUAGUUUUCAGCUUAGAGUUAUUGAUCAUUAGGUAAAUCUGCUAAUUAUUUAUACCAAAUGGUCACAACCCUUCAUACCCUUUUGUCAAUUUUUUGUAUACUUAUUACAUUACUCUUUCAUUAGUGUAUGUAAAUGUUAUAUCUUGAUCAGUUUUCACUGUAAAUUGUUGUUCUGUGUUUGUAACAUCAACAUAUACAAAAGGGCAAGCUAGGUUUUUUUUUUUUUUUUUGCCAUUACUUUUUUGUCAUCAAAUUCAACACAUAUCUAGCUUAGGAGUAGAGUGUCAAAAGUUAAUGGCAAACGGGUCUUCCCUUGAUCGACUUGAAGCUAAAACUUUUACCGAAUCUCAUGGAAAUGGCGAUUGUCUUAUCGAGGAUUGUGUUGAUAGUGCCGGUCAUGACAAAGCUAAACAGAAGUCUUUGUUUUGUCAAAUUUUUUCGGUUUAUCUUAAAGAGAAUUGUAGUAGAGGUAAUGUUAAGCCUGUGCCUGUGAUGCUCGGUGACGGUCAAUUGCUUGAUUUAUACCAGCUUUUCUCCCUUGUGAAGGAAAAAGGUGGGUAUGAUGUGGUGUCGAGAAAAGGUUUGUGGGAUUCUGUGAUAGUUGAAUUGGGUAUGGAUAUUUGUGUUUUGGCUUCGGUGAAAUUAGUUUAUGACAAAUAUUUGCAUGGUUUCGAAGCGUGGCUCAGCAAAACUUUUGAUGAGAAGAGUUUAAAAAAUGGGAAUAAUGGUUGUUUGAAUUCAUUGCCAUUAGAUCUGGAAAAAGAGUUUCGAAGCCUUUUAUGCUCAAAUCUAAAGGACAAAGAUGAUGAUUUUGUCCCGUUAGAAUCGAGCAACAUCAUAAAGCACAUUGAUUUGGUUAACCAAAAGAGUAGUGGUUAUUUAUUGAACUCCAAAAACCUAACCAACAAAUGUUUGGAUGUCCAACAUGUUGAUGGUUACAGUAAUGAUGAUGACGAUAAAAAAUUUGGUAACGGUGUUAAGGUCGAUCUACCUGCCUCUCGAAAACGUAAACGGGAAUCAAUAUCAGGAAUGGUAAACUGGACGAGGCAUGUUGCAAAGCAUCCGUUUGAUCCUGUAACUCCUCCAUUACCAGAACCAUCAAAAUGGAAGGAGUAUAAAGGAGGCAAUGACUUUUUUGUUCAGCUGCUGAGGGCAAGAGACGCUCUGGCGGUGAGAAAGAAUGCAGAACCAAACAGUGGAUCAUCUUCUCAGAAGGUGAAGAUGCAUCCUGCCAUGUAUGAGGAUUCCGUUGGUCACCAGGGUACUAUGAAAUUGAGAUGUAGUGAAAGGCUGCCUAUCUCUCCUAAAUCUCGCUGCACUUGUUGCAAUUCUAAAUCAUGCUCUGCUAAUGGAAAUAAGUUGCAUGCUUCAGUCAAUAUGGCUGCCAAACCAGAUGCUACUGAAAAGAAAAAAUCGACUUCCAAAUCAAAAUCAAAAUGGAGCAAAAAGAAAAAACCUGUGCCAUCUGAGGAUGAUUUUCGUGUAAAGCAUGUUUCUAUAGGUAAUCUUUUCCAAGCGGAAGUUCCGCAAUGGACUGGUGAAGUUUCUGACAGUGACCCUAAAUGGUUAGGCACACAAGUGUGGCCUGUUAAAGAUGACUCAAAACUUACUACCAAAACAGAAUUCAUUGCGAGAGGAAGACGAGGAAAGUGUAGUUGCGACAUUCAAGGUUCUGUUGACUGUGUCAGAUUUCUCAUUGCUGAAAACAGGAUGAAACUGAAGCUUGAAUUGGGUUCUGUAUUUUACCAAUGGGGAUUUGAUAAAAUGGGCGAGGAAGUUUCACUUCAAUGGACAGCUGAUGAAGAAAAGAAAUUUAAGAAUGCAAUGAGGUUAAAUAUCCCCUCCCAAAACAAGUCUUUUUGGAACAAUCCAUCCAAAUACUUUUUUAAGAAGACAAGAAAAGACAUGGUGAGCUAUUACUUCAAUGCAUAUAUUAUUCAACUAAGAACUUAUCAGAAUCGAGUAACUCCGAAGACUGUUGACAGUGAUGACGACGAAGUCGAAUUUGGAUCUUUUGGUGAUGGUUUUGGGAGAAACCGUAUCAGGCAUCCACCUGUGGAAUUCAUGGAGUGUUCAGAGAACAAGCAAUGCUGGGAUUAUGAGUAGACAAAACAGUGUGAUAAAGCCAUUUUGAGGUUGAGAAAAUAUCUUCAUGACCAGACUUGUAUACAACUCUCUGCUUUCUCCUUAAUCAGGAAUGCAAUCCUUCACUAGGAAAUUUUUGUGUAACAUAGAGAGGGAGAUAGAGGAAAGAACCAGCUAGGAGAGUAUUGGCUAAUGUGUUGGAGCUUGGAAGCCACUGUGGACAUGUUCUAAAUCUUGACUAUCAUUGUGGAAGAACUUGUAGAAGUUGCUGUUAAUUUUGUUUGACAUGGUUAUCUUGUUAAAAUGGCAGAGUUUAUCGAGUGCUCCUCGGAGGCUGCACAGUUGGUGCUGCAAAACUUUAUUUUUCCCUUCCCUUUUGGACAACAUUUGUGCUGUAAAACUAGUUGUUUAGUUGGAGCAAGGCUAGACAUUUGUAAAUUAAAUUUACAAAUUUUAUUUUUGCAGGUCUUUGACUUUGGAAUAGACAAAUUCAUGCAUUUCAUGAGGUUUUUUUCUAUUAGAUUUUUUUAUUUUUUUUUUUAAAAUUGGGUUCAGAUUACUCAUUAGAGGCAAUCUGCUGGCACUGUUGAUUACCUUAGACCUACGCAGUAGGAAUGAUAUGCAGCACCUACUCUACUAGUCGUCUGCUCUCUCGACUCUCAAGGUUGUCCUUCUCUAGGUACAAAAAGGACAUCUGGAACGGAUGGGACUUUUCCCUCUCCAACGGUAGGCAGGCUCAACAAAAGCUGCAGCAGAUCGGUGAAUCUAUCAGGUUUCUUUCUCCUCCUCCGGGAUUCAUUAAUAGAACUUAAAUGCUGGAAUAAUCACAUAGACUAUGGGUAUGGAAGAAUGAAAAUUAAUUCA